AUGAAGUUCUUUGAUAAGAAGAGAGAUUUGGAGGCAUUUCAAGAUGGCGAUCAAAUUGCAGGAGUGGAUGAUGACAAUGAUUCAGAUGAUGACAAUUCAGGUGAUGAAGGCAAUGAAGAGGAAGAACCUAUUGUGGCCAAUUUGGAUCACCAUCAAGAAAACGACGAUAGAGGAACAAAUGAUAUUGGGAGCCUCGUUACUGAUCUGGAGGAUCUACAAUAA